AUGGCGAUAGAAGGUGUUCAUGCGGUUCGAGAGGCUAGAGAGGGGCAUCUUGUAGGGCAGCAGUCAGAGACCUCAACAAUUAAAGGCAGUGGAGGAGGGGAGUGGGACGACUCUCUGUGGUCCCUCAGUUGCACUGAGUCAGAGGACCAGUCCUCUGAGACCAAUACACCCGCUUCUGGCCUUACCCAGUCUCUUCCCACGCACACAAUACACUCCUCCCCGGAACAAAAGGUUGUCAUGCGGCGACAGCCCGGACUCACAAGACGGCACAUGCAGCGGGCAAAGACCAUGGGUUGCUACCUUCCGCUGAACAUAACUUACAGUCCGUCAAGCUCUCCCAAUGCUCCAAAGCCUUUCACGGCUAACGGGAUCCCUGCAGCCAUUGGGCUGGACUGCUUCGAGCUGCGACGGCGGAGCCGCAACGCUGAGGCAGCCAAGCGUCUCUCGCGCACAACCCGUGCUGCCGCCAGCACUGCCGCUGCAGUCACAGUUGAUGAGUCGCUGGGAGAGAGGAGUCUCAGAGAACGAUACGGUGUUCGUCGCAUACAGAGCCUAAAUCGGUACACCACAGCUGUUAGUAAUGGCAGGGAGUCCUGUCAGCUGAGUUGGGAAAGUCUUAGCACCAAACCUCCUAGACCACCAACAUCGCAUAGCUCGACCACCGCCAGCCCUUCGCGAUUGCAGACGCUUGACUCGGAAGUGAAUGUCAGCGAAGUAGCUGAAAUGGCUAGGGUGGAGGCGUUUUUUCCUCAUCACCAACAGCAACAGCAACAACAACAACAAAGCAUAGAAUGCAGCAAAUUCCGAGGGUCACGCUCCUUUGACCAGACAACGCUGAUUAAUCCUCAGACGAAUGUUGAUACGGAAGCAGCAGAAAAUACAAAGCGUAAAUUUCCACCUUCCCUUACUAAGCAAAGUUCAGAACCAGCAUCUCUGCCCUGCCGCACUCGACAGCAUCAGGCCCUCCUCUCUAUCCCUUCAGAAAGUAGGGAAGCAUUCCUGCCAAUUCGACCCUCGGUUAUGCGAACACCACUUGUCUCCCAAGGGAGCAGCAUUCAGAAAUCUGAAAAUAUUCCAUGUCUCAAUCAACUCAGCACAGAUUGUAGGAAGAAGUCUGACCCCACCGAAACGCAAAACCUUCAAGUUCCUGUGGUUCCAGUAGCAAUGACUACCAUUGGCUCAUCACCUCAUAAAGUAGGGGAAGAGGUGACUAUCGGAUGUCUGUAUCAGCAGCACCAACUUGCCAUGCCUGCACGACUGCCUCCAAGUGUGACAAUCACUUUGUAUGAACUCAUUCAGUUUUGCCACCUCUCCUCCACACACGUGCCUCCCCAGGCGCCCAAUAACCCCAUGAGACGCAACUCCUGGGAGGCAGGAGAGUUGAUCCCUGGCUUGGGCAUUCGCGUCUCCGUGGUGAGCGUCAAGCUUCCAUCACAUAUCAGACCACCACGUGUAUGGUGCGACAACACUGGUUCCCGAUCUCUCCAUCAUACGCCACGGAGUGCCUUCACCCCAGUGGCAGGGCCGGAUAGGUGUGCCUUGCUUUCACCCCUCGUUGUGGUAAUUGACGAGGUGUCGGUCUCUGGAAGCAUGUUUUUUCAACCGGGUCAGAUCAUUCUGGAGGUGAAUGGUGUCAACCUCUUUGUUGUGCCCGCCACGAGUAAACAAAGCCUAUUGACACGACUCAUACAAGCCAUUUUCGCUGCAUACAGCAAUAGUAAUGAAGGACUUUAUUUUACCUUAGCCACGCCAUAUCCCUGGCUCGUGAAAAGAGUCAGUCAUGAGGCAAUCGAGACCCGGUUUUACGAGCAACAUUAA